AUGGAUAGCAGCAAAGCUAACAAAUUCGAAGUUACAUGCGCGGAACAUUAUUUACAAGCUAUGUUUGAAGGAAAUUCCCGUCGAAUUUGGAGAUGCCUAAAGGACACGAUGGGUGUGCGCGAUAACAUCCAUCUUUUUACUCACGUCACGGAAUCCGCUGAUUCCAGUUCUUCCUGUCCCGCAUCUUCCAAUUCGGACGAGUCAGUACCUGAGGGAUAUCUGAUUUUGACAUUUGACCGAUCUAAACGGGCGAAGUUGAAGACUGCUGUAUUUGCGGAUGUAUCUAAUUGUCACUUUACCGAUGACUUUGAUGAUGACAAUUUUUGCGAUGACGAAGCUGACAGCACAUGUGACUGGCCUGUUAACGAGACCAGUCUGGCUUCUACCGGACACUCCACUUGCGUCGCCCCUGUGAACGGAAAGGAUGCAUCAGUGACGUCUAACGGAGGUGAUGUCACAGCAUCUCAUUCCCUCUCGGAGAAGCAGACCCCUCCUUCUGACUGUUAUGGGGAAGUUGUGUGGGUUGGUGAGACUAACGCAUCCGAACAGGUCCUCCAGUCCCCCACAAAGAUGGCUUGUGUCAAGCCAGUUGACUUCAAAUCAGGACAGGUUUCGGAGUCACACUGUUUAAUUCGCACAAGCCCCAUUGCACGCUCCGCGUCUAAUGGGCCGCAAAUAAUACGCACCAUUCGUGUUCCUCAAGCGUCGAUCUCAUCCACUACUCCUUCGCCAACCGCAACUCUUGCGGCAGCACCUUCUUCUAAUGGUAUUCACAUGCGACGUUUGCCACUAUCCGUUCGUUUUGAAAACAAAUCUUCCGCCAAAUAUCCCCCUUCACCCUGGUCUCAGUUGAGUUUAAACGGAUGUGCCAGGAAUCGCUUUACGUCUUUUUCCUGUUCUCACGCAGAUGAUCUUGAACUGGGAAAUGCUAACGUGUAUGAUGCUGAUGAUGAUGAUGAUGAUGAUGAUGAUGAUGAUGAUGAUGAUGAUGAUGAUGAUGAUGAUGAUGAUGAUGAUGAUGAUGAUGAUGAUGAUGAUGAUGAUGAUGAUGAUGAUGAUGAUGAUGAUGAUGAUGAUGAUGAUGAUGAUGAUGAUGAUGAUGAUGAUGAUGAUGAUGAUGAUGAUGAUGAUGAUGAUGAUGAUGAUGAUGAUGAUGAUGAUGAUGAUGAUGAUGAUGAUGAUGAUGAUGAUGAUGAUGAGAUGAUGGAUGAUGAUGAUGAUGAUGAUGAUGAUGAUGAUGAUGAUGAUGAUGAUGAUGAUGAUGAUGAUGAUGAUGAUGAUGAUGAUGAUGAUGAUGAUGAUGAUGAUGAUGAUGAUGAUGAUGAUGAUGAUGAUGAUGAUGAUGAUGAUGAUGAUGAUGAUGAUGAUGAUGAUGAUGAUGAUGAUGAUGAUGAUGAUGAUGAUGAUGAUGAUGAUGAUGAUGAUGAUGAUGAUGAUGAUGAUGAUGAUGAUGAUGAUGAUGAUGAUGAUGAUGAUGAUGAUGAUGAUGAUGAUGAUGAUGAUGAUGAUGAUGAUGAUGAUGAUGAUGAUGAUGAUGAUGAUGAUGAUGAUGAUGAUGAUGAUGAUGAUGAUGAUGAUGAUGAUGAUGAUGAUGAUGAUGAUGAUGAUGAUGAUGAUGAUGAUGAUGAUGAUGAUGAUGAUGAUGAUGAUGAUGAUGAUGAUGAUGAUGAUGAUGAUGAUGAUGAUGAUGAUGAUGAUGAUGAUGAUGAUGAUGAUGAUGAUGAUGAUGAUGAUGAUGAUGAUGAUGAUGAUGAUGAUGAUGAUGAUGAUGAUGAUGAUGAUGAUGAUGAUGAUGAUGAUGAUGAUGAUGAUGAUGAUGAUGAUGAUGAUGAUGAUGAUGAUGAUGAUGAUGAUGAUGAUGAUGAUGAUGAUGAUGAUGAUGAUGAUGAUGAUGAUGAUGAUGAUGAUGAUGAUGAUGAUGAUGAUGAUGAUGAUGAUGAUGAUGAUGAUGAUGAUGAUGAUGAUGAUGAUGAUGAUGAUGAUGAUGAUGAUGAUGAUGAUGAUGAUGAUGAUGAUGAUGAUGAUGAUGAUGAUGAUGAUGAUGAUGAUGAUGAUGAUGAUGAUGAUGAUGAUGAUGAUGAUGAUGAUGAUGAUGAUGAUGAUGAUGAUGAUGAUGAUGAUGAUGAUGAUGAUGAUGAUGAUGAUGAUGAUGAUGAUGAUGAUGAUGAUGAUGAUGAUGAUGAUGAUGAUGAUGAUGAUGAUGAUGAUGAUGAUGAUGAUGAUGAUGAUGAUGAUGAUGAUGAUGAUGAUGAUGAUGAUGAUGAUGAUGAUGAUGAUGAUGAUGAUGAUGAUGAUGAUGAUGAUGAUGAUGAUGAUGAUGAUGAUGAUGAUGAUGAUGAUGAUGAUGAUGAUGAUGAUGAUGAUGAUGAUGAUGAUGAUGAUGAUGAUGAUGAUGAUGAUGAUGAUGAUGAUGAUGAUGAUGAUGAUGAUGAUGAUGAUGAUGAUGAUGAUGAUGAUGAUGAUGAUGAUGAUGAUGAUGAUGAUGAUGAUGAUGAUGAUGAUGAUGAUGAUGAUGAUGAUGAUGAUGAUGAUGAUGAUGAUGAUGAUGAUGAUGAUGAUGAUGAUGAUGAUGAUGAUGAUGAUGAUGAUGAUGAUGAUGAUGAUGAUGAUGAUGAUGAUGAUGAUGAUGAUGAUGAUGAUGAUGAUGAUGAUGAUGAUGAUGAUGAUGAUGAUGAUGAUGAUGAUGAUGAUGAUGAUGAUGAUGAUGAUGAUGAUGAUGAUGAUGAUGAUGAUGAUGAUGAUGAUGAUGAUGAUGAUGAUGAUGAUGAUGAUGAUGAUGAUGAUGAUGAUGAUGAUGAUGAUGAUGAUGAUGAUGAUGAUGAUGAUGAUGAUGAUGAUGAUGAUGAUGAUGAUGAUGAUGAUGAUGAUGAUGAUGAUGAUGAUGAUGAUGAUGAUGAUGAUGAUGAUGAUGAUGAUGAUGAUGAUGAUGAUGAUGAUGAUGAUGAUGAUGAUGAUGAUGAUGAUGAUGGGAGUGCGUUCCAGGGUUGGUAA